AUGGCUGAAAGAAACAGGGAGAUCAGGAAUCUCAGGACGAUGAACAAGGUGCUACAGCUUGCUCUCGCGUCCAUCGCACCAGUGGCAGCGAUGAUUGCAGUCACGGUUGCGUGUAAUAUGCUGCCGCACCUCAGGAAAAAGAACAGUUUUGGACGAGCUGUGAGGGGGGAGUCCAUUGACAGAGCUUCAUUCUCAGCUGUUGCUGCUCCUCACUCAUCACAAAGGAUGAAAAAGGAGAUGGUAUCUAGUUCAUCAUCAGCUGAUUACCACCAGUCCGAUGAGGAAAAAUCAGAAGGGUUCGAUGUGUAUCCUACACAACAAAUCGGUGUAAACAAAGACUCAGAGUCUGAUGGAGAUGGAAAGGGGAAGAAGAAGGCAUCACAGAACCCAAUAAAUUCAAGGAGCAGCAUAAAAAAGAUGAAGGGCUUGGCUGAUGGACUGUCUGAAGAAAAGAAGGGUCUAGUACAUGAGAUGGAGUUUGAAGGUAUACUAGAUUUACCAACAAUAAAAAAGUCGAACAGGCAACAAUCCAUGUGGCUUAUGAGCAAGGUUGAUGAGAAGGCAUCUGCUAUUAUAAUUGAUGCAAGGAGAGACUUACCUUUCAACGACGGAGAUGUCGGCAAGGUUCUUGGAGUGCCAUCAGUAGGAUCUCCUGUUACAAGGAAUGCACCAGACCACGUGGCAUAGAAUGUCUGUGAUAUCUUAGGUAUUGACAUUGGAGAUAAUAAGAUCACACCGAUAGUUAA